AGACACAGAUCACAGAUUUGUUUUGGUAUAUUUACUUUACUCUUUGAGUGAGGCUGAAUAUCAAAUUAACUUUAUAUCACUUCUUGCUUUUAAUGUAAAUAAUUAUAACAAUAAUGUUUGUGUAUAAGGAAUUUUAAACAGACUUUCUAUGAUUUUUGUAGGAGCCAUAAACAGUAUGAGCGAACCGGGAAUAAUUAGAAAACUUAGUGAAGAAGUAGUGAAUCGCAUAGCGGCCGGGGAAAUAGUACAAAGGCCGUCUAAUGCUUUGAAAGAAUUAAUAGAGAAUAGCUUAGAUGCAAAGGCCACUAAUAUCAUUAUUACCGUAAAAGCUGGAGGACUGAAAUACUUGCAAAUUCAAGACAAUGGGGGUGGUAUUAGAAAUGAAGAUCUUGGCAUUGUAUGUGAAAGAUUUACUACGUCAAAACUUUGUGAGUAUGAUGACCUGAAGAAAAUCAAUACAUAUGGAUUUCGAGGAGAAGCACUUGCUAGCAUCAGCCAUAUAGCACAUCUCACAAUACUAACUAAGACAGCAUCUGGAAAAUGUGCAUAUAAAGCUUCAUAUGAAAAUGGCAUAUUAAAAGGGCCAAUAAAAGCAUGUGCUGGUAAUAAUGGUACACAAAUCACAGUUGAAGACCUAUUUUACAAUGUGAUAGCCCGUAAGAAAGCCCUACGUAGCCCCACAGAGGAGUAUGCCCAUAUUUUGGAAGUUGUUGGAGGAUAUGCAAUACACAAUAGUCAUGUGGGUUUCACUUUGAAGAAAUUUGGUGAGAAUACUGAUUUGAAAACUGCAAUAAACUCAACUAUACUUGAAAAUGUUAGAAUAAUACAUGGAAAUAGUAUAGCACGCGAGUUAAUGGAAAUCGAGGCAAAGGACACGGCACUGAAGUUGUCGCUCCACGGCUUCAUCACAAAUGUAAAUUACUCUCACAAAAAAGGCGCCUUGUUACUAUUUAUAAAUCACCGUUUAGUUGAAUCUCAAUCUAUCCGUAAAGCCGUAGAUUCAGUUUAUUCCACUUAUUUACCAAAAAAUGCACAUGCGUUUGUUUAUCUUAGUCUGGAAUUAGAUCCAAAAAAUGUUGAUGUAAAUGUACAUCCAACUAAACACGAAGUCCAGUUUCUAUAUGAGGAACAGAUUAUUGAAAAAAUAAAAUCUUGUAUUGAAAGCAAAUUAUUAAGUUGCAAUUCCACAAGAGUUAUGUACACACAGGCUCGUCUACCGGGUGCUACCACAGUUGAGGAGAUUGUAAAAAAAACAACUGACAGUGCAAAAGUGUAUGCUCAUAAUAUGGUACGGGUCGAUGCUGACGCUCAAAAAAUAGACAAAUUCUUUCCUGUUAUGACUAAACCAAUAGAAAGUAAACCGCCGGAAACAGAUAAAACUAUUGACGAUCCACAACACAGCGAAAUGGAAAUGGAGGUGGACCAACAAGAAAUCGUGAAUAAUAAAGAAAAUGUAAUAGGCGAUGAUUCCAAUUUAGUUAUGGAAGAUGCAGAUGUUUUAGCAAAUUCACUAAUUAAUGAACCUAAUGAAACAAAUAAAAUGCCGGACAAAUGGAAAUAUUAUACUGCAACUAAUCAAACCAACUUAUCGUACAUAGAUCCGAAAGAAUCAUUCAAGACUAGGAAAUUUCAAUACGAAAGAAUAGACACUAGAUUGUCUAGCAUUAAGGGGUUACGAUUGGAAGUAGAAAAUAAAUGUAGUAAUAACUUAAGAGAGAUAUUAGCAAAUUUGAUAUUCAUAGCGUGCAUAGAUUGUCACAAGUCCCUGAUACAACACUCUACGAAAUUGUAUCUUUGUAAUACUAUAAAAUUAACAUUUUUGUAUCGUAUUUAUUUAACGAUAUUGUACGAUUUCCAGAAUUUCGGUUUAAUAAAACUAUCGAACCCUUUGCCAUUAGAAGAAUUGUUUGUCCUUGGUCUCAAUGCACAAGAUGCAGAUUGGAAUUCUGAGUUAGGGGACAUGCACGAAAUGGCAAAACAAAUGACCAAUUUGUUAAUAAGUAAAAAGGCCAUGCUAAUGGAAUAUUUCUCUCUGGAGAUAAGCUCUGAUGGUGAAUUAUUGUCAUUGCCGUUACUGCUAGAUGGUCAUACUCCCUUCAUGGGCGCAUUGCCAACGUACUUAGUGCGACUUGUUACUGAAGUCAACUGGAAUUUGGAAAAAGAAUGCUUCGACACCUUCAGCCGUGAAACAGCUAUAUUUUAUUCACAACCAAAUCCAGAUUCUAACACUGAAGUAGCGAAAUCGGAACACUGGAAGCAGGAACACGUAAUUUUUCCCGCCAUUCGACGAAAUUUCUUACCGCCUACAUCUUUUGUGAAUAAUGGCGCAAUAUUACAAAUAGCUAGUUUAAAUGAUCUAUACAAAGUGUUUGAACGAUGUUGAACAUUGUUUUUUGCGUCUAGUUUUUGCAUAAAUAAAUUUGAUU